AUGACAGAAGAACGAAAUAGUGACAACCAAAAAUACGAACCAGAUCAUAACGAGGAGGAUGAUAUAAACAUGACUAUAAGGAGUAAUACCAGAAAGAGAGCUAGACGGAGUGAUAUUAAUGACAUGAGUAGCAGUGAGAAUGGUCUCAGCCCAGAAACGACGAGGAGUAGAGUAAGAAAUAAGCAUGGAUCGAGCGGUAUCGAGAAUAUAACGAUCCCACCGGCCACUACGUGCCGUUAUAAUCACCCACACCGCCCGAGGGAGGCGCCGAGCGCGAGGAGGAGCAGCGGUCGCGCACCGGUGAAGCAUCUUAAGCUGCUCCGCCCCGAUGACACGCUGCACAUUGGACAUGUUUAUCGACUCGUUAGCUUCGAAGAGGUUUUGAGGGAGUUUGCGUCGAAGAAGCAGGUGAGGCUCAGCAAGUUGCUGGUCGCUCAGAAGGAGAGGAGUGCUUCUUCUCAAAGAGGGAGAGGAGGAGAACAGAGUUCGUCGUCGUCUGAUGAGGUAGUCGAGGAGCAGAUGGAGCCGGCGGUGGAGAAUUGCAGCAGGAGAAGUGGGGCGGCGUCACGCUCAGGCCAGUGGAGGCCAGCUUUGCACAGCAUUGCAGAAAUUGGGAGCUGAACGUACCCAACUCCAAAGCUAUUUGGUGUAUCUCCUACAAAUAGAUUUAAAAAAAAAAAAGUUUAUGCUUUGCUAUGAAAGUAGUGGGAUUUAUGUCUCUAUUGUAAAAAUCUCUGAAAUAUUCCCUGCGGUAGCGACGUGUACCCUUCGUCGUGUUUUUAGUGCUCC